AUGUCAUCGCAGAUCUUUCCAAGUCCUAACAGUUCCGAGUUUGUGAUGUUUUCCAAGCUCUCGACACUCUUUGCCGGGUUUUACAGAUUAUCAGCGGCUGGUGUGGUUCUAAAGAACAAGGACAGUGAACAAACACUCAAUAUGCGAGAAAUAAACAGUGUGGUCGAGCCUCAGAGCGUGAUACUUAUAACAGGAGGGGCAGGGUUUCUUGGGCAACACAUUGUCAAACUCAUCCAAGAACGAAGACCUGAUGUCAAAGAAAUAAGGGUUUUUGAUAUCAAGCCAUACUUAAAUCAGUUAGACCACCCAGAAAGCAAGCCUAUUAAGAGCUUUGUCGGUGACGUGCGCUCUCUGCAUGAUCUUCUCAAGGCGUUCGAUGGCGUCGAUACUGUAAUCCAUACAGCGGGGUUGAUAAGUUACGGAACAUUUCCCGAUUUAGAGGGCAUGCAACAGAUUAAUGUCAAAGGUACUAAAAAUGUAAUAGAGGCUUGCUUGAAGCAGAAUGUACCCCGUCUUGUUUAUACUAGCACUGUGGAUGUGGUGAUUGGGUUUGAGGAGAUCAUAAACGGAGACGAAGAUAAAACGACGAAGCCCAGAAAGUUUCUUUUUCCUGGGUACCCUCAGACGAAAUCUGAAGCAGAAAAGUGCGUCCUUCAAGCAAACGCCACCCCACUUUCAAAAGGUGAUGGGUCUGUCCUUCAGACUGUGGCAUUGCGACCAAAUGUCAUGUACGGCGAGAGAGAUCCUCAUUACGUCACAAACGCGCUGGCAAAUGCCAAAGCUCGCGGUGGUGUUCUGACACGAGUCGGGAGAGGCGACGCUUUAUUUCAGCAAGCUUACGUCGGGAAUGUCGCCUGGGCGCAUCUGAAAGCAGAAGAAGCUAUGAGACGUCAAGACAGCUGGGUAGUAUAUGAGGGCACUGUGUGUGACCUGACGCUGUGA